CCCAAAAUUGAGCAGUGUCGUUUAACUCUCACACUCUUCCUCAUUUCUUCUUCUUCUCUUUCUCUCGCAACUUUGUUUUUCUCGCGUAACAGUGAGCGAGAGCUAGAGAGAAAAAAAAUGGGGUUCUUCUCCUUCCUGGGUCGCGUUCUCUUUGCUUCCCUCUUCAUCCUCUCCGCAUGGCAGAUGUUCAAUGAAUUUGAUGCCACUGGUGGACCAUUUUCAAAGGAGUUGAUUCCCAAGCUUACAAUUGUGAGGAAAACUUUAUCCUCCAAAUUGGGAGUAGCGAUACCAGAUUUUAACGCAACUUAUGUUCGUCAAGUUGUUGCCACUAUCAUAUUUCUAAAGGGAGUUGGAGGAAUUCUAUUCGUGUUUGGCAGCACAUUUGGAUCCUUUCUUUUGCUUUCGCACCUGGUGCUUACUACUCCAAUUCUAUAUGAUUUCUACAACUAUAGACCUACUAAGCCCGAAUACGGUUUACUUCUAAACGAGUUCAUUCAGAACGUGGCACUUUUUGGCGCAUUGCUAUUUUUCAUAGGGAUGAAGAACUCAAUUCCCAGGAAACAGUUCAGGAAGAAGACGACCCCAAAAACAAAACCAAAAACAAAAGCAGUCUAGAAAUUAGAAAGACAUGUACUAUCUGUUUACUAUGAACAGGCUGUUGAAUCGCUGCGAUGCCGUGUUUUGGAAUAGUUAGUUAAACUUUUCUACAUUGUUGUUUUUUGUUAAUUGGCACAUAACUUGAUUAUGGAUGUGCUUGAGGUUUGUUCACAGUUCUGUUGCACCUGCGGCUAAGAAUAGCUAUUAGCAAAAGAUUUGGUUAGAUUUGGUUGCUAA